CCAACGGUUGUUAGGGAAAUUCUAUUUUGUCAGUCAGUUUUUCGAAUUUUUGACCGGCGACGAACUUAUAUAGUUUCGCGGUAAGAUAGAUUUUAUUAAGUAAUAGCACAUAUAAAUAUGGAAUAUGAGAAGGCUGGGACACCACUCAAACUGUAUUCAACUAUGCAGAUGAGUGGAAAAGUGGUCCACAAAGUAAACAACGAAAUAAUGGAAAUUACUACAACACCCGGAGGAGGUAGAUGCCAAAAAAAGUUGCUGCAUCCUCGAACGCCCAGCAAAUCGAUUAAUUGUAGCAUGUCAACGACGAAUAGCAGUGCCGCAAGCAGUUCUUCAAAAUAUAUGUCGUGUUCUACGCCUCCUGCGAAACGGUUGCACCGCAUACGAAAUCCCUUUGAGCCCGGUUUGGCGGAACGUCUGCACUUGCCAUUAAUUGGAAGUCCAUCAUUGUUUCAACGUCCCACGACGCCACAACUAUCGUCUACGCAAUUUGAAUGGAACAUUGAUGAGGUGUCUUCGUUGAAGCCAGCAAAUGUCGAACCGCAUGAAACACAAUUUCAUGACUCUCCCGAUCCUGAUUAUGAAGCCAAAGCACAAUCAGCGAUAAGCUCAUAUUUCAAGGAACACCAAAUUGUGCCAAGCCCAGUAGAUUGCCCGCUUCGUAGUCACCGCAUCGUACUUUCCGAACUAAAUAUUAAUACACCAAUUACGAAAUCAGGACUUCGUAUACGUGAUUGUGGCACACAAACGGAAUUAUCGUUACCUAUGAUAUUGCCACCAGAACUAGAAGAAGCUUUAAUGCCAUAUUUUCAACCGCACUUGGCUGUUGCCGAUCGCUACACCUGUGACAUAGAUUCCCAUAUACGAUUUAGUAGCGAUUCAAAUAUGUCAAUUAUGAAUGAUGCUAAAGAUAUGUCAUUGCGUCGCAAGCUAUUCGAUAUGAAUAAUAUUGUAGUGCUGGACGAGGGUACAUCGGAAACAAAAUCUAAAACGAACCAUUCAAAUUCCAGCCCAUCUACUUGUGGUAGUUUGCGUGGCGGUCAAUUUGCCAUCGUCGGCAAACUCUCCGACUCUUUGGAAAAGAGCUCAUUCGGUUCACUUUCGCCAAUUUCAGCUUCGGAUGGAUUUUCCAACUCGCCGCAAUCGCCACACGAACACCCCAGCGAAAUGAAGUCACAUAUACAUACUUUUAUGCAAGAACUUGCAGACGCGGAACAGCUAUCGCCAAUACAUCCGCCAGUGCGGCAAACAAGUAGGCGAUGCCGCGAGGAGCCGCAACAAAAGAAUAAAUUGCCGCAAUCUGCAAAGGAUAGCUAUCGAUGUAAUGCAUUGAAUCAAAGCGAAGCAACUACCAUUGACGACCACUCACUGGCUUACAUGGAUGGCCAUAACGAAGGCGAAAAAUUUACGCCCGAUCGCAGUUCCUCGCCUUUGCGGUCAAUUUAUAAGACUGCUGACCUCAAAGCGGCAAACGGUCAACAAUCGAUUGACAGUAGUUUCAAUAUGAAAGUUAGUCGCUUGGCGGUAAAUAGUUCCAAAUGCAUGAAGCAUACACAACAACGCAAUGUAAAAGCACAGGAGUAUGAUAUGUUUGCGCACGAUGAUACACAAGAUUUAAUUGAGGACGAUGAUAUGCAAGUUUCCCAGCUGUCUGCACAAAAUUUCAAUUGCAGCUCUUCCAGCUCAACGGAUACGCCACGCAGUAAGAGACGUUCGGCAAGUCGUAAAAAUCUAUCACAAUCUUUUUCGCUUAAUUGGCUAGAUGACGAAGACCUAGAAGAAGAUGAGAGGCAACAACAUGCGAAAGCAAGCAAACUAAAAUUGCCUAUAGAUGUGCCACGUAUCGAUAUAACCGUUGUGGAUGAGUUGAUUGGCAAAGAGCAUGAACUUCAGCAGCAACAGCAGCAGCUGCAGGAGCAGUUGCAAAAGGAGACACCGUGUGUGCUUGAGAAGUGUGGCAAUGAUGACAAGUGUCCAGACACCGCCGGUGAGACUACGCGUGCAUUGUUCUAUCGUACUGACAGUGGCUUCAAUGAAAUGCCGACCAGUGGAUCUUGUUCCACGUACUCGAUGGGCGCCAACCAACAGUGUGACAGCGCGCUUUCGCCCACUAAGCAACUUGAUGUGAGCAUGGUUUGCUGUUCCACACCUUCAAAAUGCGCUGCCACCGCUAGCGUUGUCUCUUGACGGCGCAGAAGUGCAACACAGUCGCUGCCUCCAAUAUCCACACAAAUAGCAUUUUAUUUUUUACUGCAAAUUGCCUUUUUAGUUUAGCUAAAAUUCCCAGCGAAACCUUCAAACCUUGGUAUUUGCCACUAUUUGUAAGGUUCGAAAUUUUAAAAACGCGCAAUUAUUGUUUCAAAAUGCAAUAUUCAAAGCCACUGUCGCUUUUAUAGUAGGAUGUAAGUAAAUUAAUCAAGUUCAGACUGCAAUUAGAAUAUACAAUUUAAACACGAGACUGCCAUGCAUCUAUAUGCACUCACCUGGUGGCGCAUCUGCUGCGAAAUGGUUUGAAAAGUUUGUGAG